AUGCCGGUAGCCAUGCUCAGAAGAAUCACUUGUUCCUCUUCGCUUCGUUCAGUACCUUCUCUCUUCUUCCGCCAGUUCCCUCGCUCUUACUUGACUCUGUCAUCGUCGCCAACCACCGACGGCAUCUCCGGCCGGAAUAUUCGCGGGAUGACCACUCCAACCACUCACUGUUCAAUAUGUUCGCACUCCUCAUCUGAUAUCGUCUACGACCAUCCUCCGUUCGUCAGGAUAUACAAAGACGGUCGCGUCGAGCGGCUUUCCGGCACCGAGAUCGUCCCUGCGUCUCUAACACCACAAAACGGCGUCGUUUCGAAGGACGUUGUAUACUCCCCGGAGCAUAACCUCUCCGUUCGUCUCUUUCUCCCUCAUAAACUCGCCGCCGGCAACAAAAAACUCCCUCUACUUAUCUACAUCCACGGCGGAGGUUGGAUCGUCGAGUCCCCUUUCUCUCCCAUGUACCACGAUUUCCUCACGGAGGUCGUCAAAUCCGCGAAUUGCCUGGCGGUGUCGAUUCAGUACCGCCGUGCGCCGGAGGAUCCGAUUCCGGCGGCGUACGAGGAUUCAUGGACCGCGAUUCAGUGGAUUUUCUCUCAUGCAGAUGGAUCUGGUCCUGUUGAUUGGAUCAACGAAUACGCCGAUUUCGACAGAGUUUUUCUCGCCGGAGACAGCGCCGGCGCUAAUAUAUCGCAUCACAUGGCCAUGAGAGCCGGGAAGGAGAAGCUUAACGCUAGAAUCAAAGGGACUGCGAUAGUGCAUCCAGCUUUUUGGGGGAAAGAUCCGGUCGACGAGAAAGAUGUGCAAGACGAAAGGAUCAGAAGCAACAUGGCAGAAUUUUGGGAAAAACUCGUGAGUCCGAAUAGCGUCGAUGGAACGGGCGACCCGUUGUUUGAUGUGGUCGGAUCCGGGUCGGAUUUUUCCGGGUUGGGAUGCGAGAAGGUUUUAGUUGCUGUGGCCGGGAAAGAUGUGUUUGUGCGGCAAGGAUUGGCUUAUGCGGCGAAGCUGAAACAGAGUGGGUGGAGAGGAGAUUUGGAAGUGGUAGAGGAUGAAGAUGAAGAUCAUUGCUUUCAUCUCGAAAACCCAGAUUCUGAGAACACUCCCAAAUUCAUGAAGAAGUUUGUGGAGUUUAUUACAGGUUAA